GGCUUCUGAACACCGAGAGCAUACAUUGCAGAGCUGCAGAGCUUUGCUCACGGAAUCCCAUUUCAGCGAUCAGGUCAAUUUCGGAGGGAUCUUGUCGGAGCCGACACUAAAAUGGCACUUGACGAUACCGAUGACGAGGUAGUCACCGAUCCCGUGACUUCUCCGCCGAAAGAAACUCCCGCAGCGAGAAUCGACAACGCCAAGUCCGACGACGUCGAUAAGGACAAGAUCGAAUCGCCUCCGAGAUCACCGGAUCGGGAGAAGACCGACCUGGAGAAGCACGUGUCUCUGGACAUGACGAACGGGGACGACAUCAGGCUGGACGAUGUGAGCGACGAUAGGUAUCUGGACAAGCUCGACGGCGACUUCACCGAGGAGCAACUACACAAUCAGGAAAAUCGUCGACUCGUUGCCUUCUCUUGGAUUCUGCUCGUUCAAUUCGGCCAAUGGUUGAUCAUCGGUCUGGGCGGUCUCUUGAGCGCGAUCGUGAAUGGUGUCAUCAAUUACCACGACAGCGUUUACAUCUCGUUGACCCUGAUCUUCGCCUUGGUUUUCAUCGGCCACCUGUGCUACUUCUCCUUGAUGCAGAACUUGGAGAGCUACCAGGGCAACCUCAGCGUCGAGAGCCUCUCUCGCGAACGCUACCUGAACGUCUGCAAGCUCAUCUCCCUCACUUUCACCAUGUGCGGCUUUACGUACGCGGUCACGGGAACCUUCACUCAGAUAAGCUUCAACGUCGUCGCGAUGAGUGUUCUGUUGUCUCUGAUGUCGAUAUUCAUUCUGUCGAGAGUCUUCCGCAUCUUCCCGCAGGUGCGAAUCCUGCUCAACGUGUCGCUCCUGGCGGCAGUUUUCGCGCUCAACAUCUGGGGUUUCUCUCUGUGCGACCAAUUCGGUAGCGCAUGGCGCAGCGCUAGUCCGCUCACCCUAGUCGCGGCGGCCUUCUUCGGCUUCCUCAUCUCGGCCGGAAUCCUCAUCCAGAGCAGAUCCUUCGCUAUCGAUCGCGUUCAGCAGAAAAUCGCCAUGCGGGACUGCGGGUGCGCAGCGACGCUCAACAUCUACACUGUGUUCAUCAACAAAGUCUGGGUCAAGCUCGUCGGAGAGGAGCUCUACAACCACAAAUAA